AUGAUCAUGUUGGGUAUUCCACUUGACGAACCACACCUGAAGGAUCAACUGUCUAUUCUUCUAAAGACACAGAGGAAUGAUCUCAAAGCAGGAAAGCUUCUUGUUACCGAGUCAUACUAUCUCUUGGGAACCGUUGAUCCCACCGGAAAGCUCAAGCAAAACGAAGUCUGCGUCAUCCUGGAGGCUGGCCAAAUAUCAGGGGAUGUGCUAGUUUACAGGAACCCUGGACUACAUUUUGGAGACAUACAUGUACUUAAGGCUACAUAUGUUAAGGCCUUGGAAGAGCAUGUAGGAAACUCCAAGUAUGGUGUGUUCUUCCCUCAGAUAGGUCCAAGAUCUUUGGGUGAUGAGAUUGCAGGUGGUGACUUUGAUGGUGAUAUGUAUUUCAUUUCCAGAAACCCCAACGGUACCACUAACUACUCUCCUCUGUCCAUCCUACUCGAACACUUCAAGCCAAGUGAACCAUGGGUUAGCUCUUCUCCUCCUAGUAGAAUUUAUGCUGGUACAGCGCCAAGUGAACUUACACCAGAAAUGCUGGAAGAGAAGCUUUUCAGAAUGUUUUUGGAGGCAAGAUUUAAUUCCAGCAACGUUGUAGGGGCGGCUGCAGAUAGCUGGCUAACAAUAAUGGACCGUUACCUCACGUUAGGAGAUGAGAGGGCUAAGGAAAAAGCUGGGAUGAAGAGACAAAUUCUCAAGGCUAUUGAUAUAUACUAUGAUGCUCUUGAUGCACCGAAAAACGGGGCUAAGGUCUACCUCCCAUUAGACUUAAAGUUCGAGAGUUUUCCACAUUACAUGGAGUAUAAGCAUAAGAAAAGUUUCAACUCCACUUCUAUUCUUGGAUUAAUCUAUGACACCGUCGUCUCUCAGAAUGAAGAAGAACCCCCUCCAUGUGGUACGCAUCAUCUUCUAUGUCACAUUUCAGAAAUCAAGAAACUACCGUGUUUUGAAGAUGAGCUGGUCCCUGAGUCUCACAUGGAGAAAUGGGGAGGCUGGUACGAGAACUAUAAAGAUGAAAUGGAACAGGAGUUCUAUGGUGGUGCAGAGUUUAAAGACAUAAAGAGAAACCUGGACGCAUUCUACCCACAAGCCUUGGCACUUUACAACAUCGUUUACGAUUAUGCCAUCUUAAAGAACAACGUACGUUAUUGCGGAUUUGUCUGGAGGGUUGCAGGACGGGUCCUGUGCGAUUUUUACUUUGAGAAGAAGGUGGAUGGGGAGGGGGAGGAGUCAUUCUCUGCUGCAGGUUCUGUGGUCAAAAAGCUUUAUGGUUGA